GCUCGAUGUACGGUCAGCUAGCAAAGCAUACCAGUAAUGUUAAAAUACUUGAUUGUGAGAAUCACUGUUACUGCCGCAACUUUACUGUAUUAUCAUCGAUGGGUGCAACGAGUAUACGGUCAGUUUGAGUUUGAGCGCUACAGUAUCAUGAGAGAAAAGCAUCGAGUGAGAGAUAUGUUGACUCAAGUGAGCAUCAUGAUCCAUUCGAAUAUGUAUUAAUUUUCUAAUAUCGGAAGAAACGACAACAGGAAAUAUCGCCGUGCGCUAAAGUGAGGAAGAGGGACUAGAAAAGAGUGUGGAGGCGAUCUAGUACAUAGACAUUGAGAGCUAUCUCUGCUGCAUAGUACAAGUUGUAUCGCCAGGGCGCGAGGCCGCGACCCUGAGCCCGAUACGCGGAAUAGGACGUUUCGAUAGCGGAAUAGUGCGCGCAACGAAUACGUGUCAAACAUCGGUCCACGGAUAAGCGCAAAGUGGAGCAUCGUAGCGUACGCGGUGCUAUCUGCUAUCAUUUGCUCGCGAAAAGGUCGAGAGUUCAUGAUCAUUCAGUGACUCGAAACGAUGAUUCGACUCGUCGUUUGACGACGAUCAUUUUUUUUCUUUAUUUAUCACUGCCUGAACGAUCAAAAACUAUUAGUAGGCAAAACGACGAAUUUUUUCUCCCUGCUCUCUCGCCUCUUAAGUGGAUAUCUCGUUGACCAGUGUUAUAACCUGUUAAGAUCGAACGUUUCUACGUUACAUCGUUCAGAAAGAUUUCUUUGAAAAAGAGAAUUUUGUGAAUCGGAGAGUGAUUAUUGUAUAGUGAUAACACGAUCCGAAGAUGCCGCUCUUCGGUAAAAAGGAUUCGAAUAAAAAGAUCAAGAAAGAUGGGAAAGACGAUAAAUCGCCGUCUGUCGAGGACAAAUACAUCCUAAAGGAGUUGCUUGGAACGGGUGCUUUCUCUGAAGUACGUUUGGCAGAAAGUAAAGAAAAGCCUGGUCAAAUGUUUGCUGUGAAAAUCAUUGAUAAAAAAGCAUUGAAAGGAAAAGAGGAUUCUUUAGAAAAUGAAAUUAGAGUGUUGCGAAGGUUAACACAUCCAAAUAUUGUUCAAUUACUGGAAACAUUUGAGGAUAAACACAAAGUUUAUUUAGUUAUGGAAUUGGUUACCGGUGGAGAACUAUUUGAUAGAAUUGUCGAAAAAGGUUCCUAUACAGAGAAAGAUGCAUCAGGUUUAAUAAGACAAGUUUUAGAAGCUGUGGAUUAUAUGCAUGAUCAAGGUGUUGUGCAUAGGGACCUUAAACCUGAAAACCUUUUAUAUUAUAAUCCAGAUGAAGAUAGCAAGAUCAUGAUUAGUGACUUUGGACUGUCGAAAAUGGAAGACUCUGGUAUUAUGGCAACUGCUUGUGGUACUCCAGGAUAUGUUGCUCCAGAAGUCUUAGCACAAAAGCCGUAUGGAAAAGCUGUAGAUGUGUGGAGUAUAGGAGUCAUUUCUUACAUCUUAUUAUGUGGUUAUCCUCCAUUUUAUGACGAAAACGAUGCGAACCUGUUUGCACAAAUUUUAAAAGGUAUUAUUCUAGUUUUUGUAUGCUGCUAUAUACAUGCUAGUGUAACUGUUAUAGGUGAAUUUGAAUUUGAUUCGCCGUACUGGGACGAUAUCAGUGAGUCUGCAAAGGAUUUCAUUCACAAAUUGAUGUGCGUCAAUGUCGAGGAGCGCUUUAGUUGCAAACAAGCCCUUGCACAUCCUUGGAUAUCCGGCAAUGCUGCUAGCAAUAAAAAUAUCCAUGGCUCCGUAGGAAUGUCUUCCUCUUCUCUCAUGGUUGCAGCAAGCCUACCACGCAGCCACGGUCAUACGUCAAAUGCAACGGCUGGCACUCAACAGCGGCCAACAGCAGCAGGGCCCAGGAUCAACAGGCCCCUCCAGCGGCAACCCCACGCCAUACCCCGAUCAAUCGCAAUCCAACCCCAGUUACCAACCCAGAUCAGUGGAGCCUCCGACCAACCUCAAUUGAAGGAAAUACGCGAGUCACCAUUGCCGGUGUCAAGCUUGGUGGUCUCGAGUCCUAUUCCCAUUCCGAUCACUCCAAAUUCACCAUUAUACUUACGCAACAAACGCUUCAAGCUGUGGGGUAGCACACGCACUGCUCUGUCUACUCUAUUUCAAACGAAUGUAUCGUAUCUUAGAAAGCAAAGAAAGUAUAAGAAAAGCUGAGUCAUGCUAAGAUUCUUCUAAUGAAAAAUAUCAAAGCCGUCAGGUGGCCGUUUAUUCUCUUACCGAGUUAUUAUUUAAAUACUGGUAAGAGUUUGUAUAGAUUCCAGCUAAUUCGCUUUAUUGUGGUCUCCUGUGACAUGGUUACCACCGAUCGUGUAUAUUACAAAAUUACACACGCUCGCGAGUGCGCGCACAUACACACACUUAAAUGCACGUAUAAACAGCCCGCGCGAUAUAAGGCGAUUUUCCGAAUGUUUCUCGUUUUAUCGUCCCUCUCAGUUUUGUUGGCUUUGUUUCGACAAUUUCUAAAUAGAUCUUCUCACUUUGUUAGUAUAUAUUUCACAGUAGAAUUAAAUCCCGUAGCCAUCAAUAGUGAUUUUAAAUGACGAUAUGUCAACGGCAUUGAUUUGAUCAAGUAAAGAUGUAGUUAAUGUAUUUAGAUAAACUUAAUGCUAAUUGUGAAAUCUUGUAACGCAAGAAAGAUCUUGCUCGAUCAAAUCUGCUAAAUGUAUAAAGAAAGAAAAAAAAAAAGAAACUAUGUGAACAGUACAACGACAAGUUUUUAUCUUUUAUAAGGUUUGGUGUAAUGAAUAGUAGUUGUUUAGAUGAUUUUUUGCUAUGUGAACAUCUUACUAUAUUCUGGCUAAAUAUGUUUUAAAUUCCAUAAAAACCGAUACGCAGCUUUUUACCCGGUACUUAUUCGAAUGAAUGAUAUGGCCGAAUAUAUCUUUUGAAACAGCGUUUUUUCAAGAAGCACGAAACAAAAGACAAAUUAAGUAAGUUUUUUGUAAGACAGAUCACUCCGAAUGAGGAGAAGAAAAGAAUUCUUGCCAUAUGGAAUCGUGUUGUGAGACUGUAUGAGAUCUGAUUUUUAUCAAUAUUUGUUUUUAUAUUUCCCUCAAUGAUUACUAUACAUGUUUUAUUUUAUGACAAAUGCAAACAUUUAUAUACGAGUCAUGUACAGUACAUGUAUUGCAAGAUAUGUACAUUGUGUACACAGAUACUUGUUCUGUUACAUAGUGAUAUUAGUACAUUUUAAGAACUGCAAAACAGAGAUCUACUAAUUAGAUUUAAUAUGUAUAUACAUACGUGUAUAUUGCUCUACUGAUAUUUUUAUCGAUAUGUUGCACUGAAAUUUAAUGGAAAAUGUACAUAAUUCAUACACGAUUCCCCAAUUAUCUCUUUGCAAGAUGCAAAUAUAAAAAGCAUAUUAUAUAAUGUCGAAUUUUUCACUUUUUUAUAAUAUUUUUUAAAGACAAUUAUAUUUUUAUACGCUUUGCAAUUUCUUCUGAUCUAAUUGUUUUUAUUGUAUUUUUAUUCUAUUAAAAAGCAUUAAUCGUUAUUGUUCUUCAAAUAAUGCAUAGAAUCAAAUUGGCUCAUCUUCGGAGAAAGUAGAAAGCACAAAUCUAAUUAGAUAAGAGCUAACGAUUUAUAUAUUUUGCUGUGUUAUAAAAGAAUGUACAUAUUAUUUUUAUAUGUUACGUUCCUUGAUGUAAAUGUGUAAGUACUUUCAAUGUGCUAUGAAUAGUUCAAUACAAAUAUUUUUGUAUUUAAUAUUUUGUUGUAGAUUACAGCGAUUAUAUAUCAUUGCAUAAGUUCCAAAAGAAAGAAUUGAAAUAUAAUCUAGCUAUUUAUAUUUGUAUCUUUUUAUAAUGUGAAGAAUCAGUGAAUCAUAUACAGUACUCAGUAUUUGAAUUACAACAGGUACUUCAACGAAAUGUUCGGAAAUACUUUUAGUAUUUGGUGGUAUUUCUUUAUUUUUUUACAAAUAAUUGCAGAUAAGUGCAAUACCGUAUAUAUCGUAAUCUUGUGAUAAUGAUGUUACUGUGGUCUCUUACUCAAUGGUAUAUCGAUAUAAAGAUAUUAAUACUAAUAAAUAUUGAAAAUUUUCAUUGAAAUAGGAUAUAAAAUUUCUCUCAAUUGGAAAUGUAUCAAAUUUUAAUUUUUCACGAUGAUGAUGAUCAAAUUCCACGUUUUAUUAUAUAGAUGGGAAAAAUACAUUAUGUAUUAAUAUGCGGAAAAUUGUAUCGACAAAAUUCUAUGUUUUUUCAGUGUCCUUUUGAAAUAAAUCUAAAUUGUACUCAAUGAAAUCUAGAAGGAUCAUAUAUAUAUUACAUACAUACUAUGAUAGAGAAAAUUAUUGCUGUUUAUCGAGCGGGCACUCCUUUUGUCAUAAAUUGCUAUCUCUUUAUCUUUAAACAAUAAAUAUAAUAAUCACUCUGAACUCUCAUAUUAGACAUCCGUCCGUGUACCGGGCACUAUUCGUGUAAUUCAUAACUAUAUAAAAAAGGGAUUCGUGUUAACGCUACAUAAUAAUUUUGAAAUCGAUAAUAAUUAUAUUAAUUAUAAGAUAGACAUUGUUCUAAUAAAAUUAAACAAACUACAUAUAAAUUGAUUUAGAACACGACGUAUAUGAUGGAAGUUAAGAUACAUACAAUGAUCAUCAUUUUGUUUCUUGUCGAAACAUUGUAGUAUCAAAAAUUUCAAUUGAUAAACAGGUCUUUCAUUGCGCAAAAAAUAACGCACCAUUCUAAAGUGCCUUGGAUGACACGAUGAUGGAAUGUCAGAUAAAUAAAUUCAAAAAUAUGUUACUCGAUGAUUAGAAUCAGAUAUCAUUUAUCUUUUAUUUAGAAAAUAGAUUUCUAUUUCUAUAUCCUAAUCUAAAUAUUUAUUUGCUUUAUAAUAUCUCACAAAAAAAUAUUUGAAUUCAGAUAUUUAAUAAAAUUACGUAAUUUUAUUGUAAUUUUUUUAUAACCAGCAUCGUGUCAUCUAAUAAGAAAGGUUCGUUAAUAAACAUUUUUUUAUGCUAAAUAUAUUGUGCAUAUGAGCUUGUAACUUAAAAAUUCUAGAAGGAAAUAAAAGAAAAGGAGCUUAGCUUGUAUUUAGAAACGAAUUAUAAAAAAAGAGAAGAAAACGAUAAAACCGUGCCACAUGAAUAAACAUAUCGGCAGGAAUAUUGCAAAAUGUGAUUAUAAAAAUAAGCUGAUUUUAAAUAGCAAUGAAAACAACAACUUGUUACUGCAGUUUUAUUCGAUGAGAAAAAAAAUAACGUCAGACUGAUAAGAGUGUGUAUGGAGCGAACGAGGAAGAGAGUGAAAGAAAGAAAGAGAGCGAGAGGGAGGGAGAAAUGUUGUCUAAAAUGUUUUAACUGUUGCCUAUAAAUUAAGCGUAAUUGAGCUCCUAUAUGUACCGACCGAUUACAAGAAUAACUUCUUCCUAUUGUAACUUUUUCUCAUUGCACAAGCCUUGCAAUUGUUAUGCUUACAAUUUGUGCAUGUGAGAAUGAUUAUUAUCAGACGUUUCAUUGUUAAUUGUACUUGAUACAGAGGAUCAGAGCCGUUAGAAAAAAAUUUAAUGAUACAAAUUUAUCAACUCUACGCAGAAAAUUUUAGCAAAUCAGAAUCUAUUAAACUAAUUUACAGUGCCAAUGUAUUCCACACAUACAAAAAGAGCUGUUGAAAUCGCUAAUUUUUUGAGGCAUGUAAAAUAUCAAAUUUUUGUAAAUUACAUAUUAUAUUCGAAUAGCCGAUAUUUUCGAAAAUAAGAUCGAUUAAAUUUUUAAUAAUAUAUUGCUUCAUCAGACA